UGUCACCACCAUGUUAACUGCACUUCCUCGCUCACCGCUUCUUUCUCUUCUCUCUUCACUCACGAUUCUAUUGCCAUUUUCGUUUUAUGCAACGGAAACUGAGUCUAGGGCUGUCUCCGCCGCCAUCGCCGCAUAUUUGUUGUGCUAAUGACUUGACUACUCAGAUCUACCAAGAUACUCUAUUUUGUAGCAUCAAUUGCUGGAAGAAAGCACAAUGUGGACUGAUGAGAAGCACAGCAUAUAUCUUGAACAUUUAGAACUCUCAUUUGUUAAACAGCUGCACCAGUCAAUCAGUUUGCUUGAGAAGUGUUCAGAUCAGGACGAGGGAGAAAGAAGCAUUUCACGAAUAGAUCACAUUAACGACGCGCAGCAUGGUUGUUGCAAAAAGAUCAAGUGCAAUAGGGGUUAUCCUCUUUCCAAUGUUUCAGUUGAUUCUGUUGGUCAUACUGAGAGCCAGCGGUUAUAUCGUAAUAAGCGCAUAGGGAUGAAACGUCCUGCUGCCUCAGCUCGUCAUACUUGUUCUUCACAUCAAAAUUCUGCCGGUACCAGAUACUGUGACUCCGAGAGAGAGGGUACAGGUCAGAAUUUUGUUGAUGAACAACAUGAAUUAAACUCUGAUACUGCGAAAAGAAUGAAGACUUUCUCACCACCGGAUUAGUCAAGAUUGAGUGACGGGGCACAUGUAUUCCCAGUUUCAUUCUAUAUCUUCUUGAUCCAACAAGCAUCAACUAUAGAGAAAUGUCUCAGAAGAUGAGACCUCUAGUCUUGUAGGUUAAUUAUAUUGCGUCGUGAACUGAGGAACCCUUUGAGAUCUUCAUCAAUUCUAGAGAAAUGUCUCAAACAGAUGACAGCUCCAGGUUUGUUUAAGAGUUCUCCGUAAUACUAUGAUAUAUCAUGUACUCCUAUUUGUUUAUUCGAUUAUUGGAUAAGUUUAGAUGUAAAUGUAAGAUGCUAUAUUCUGAUUCUAGCUAGUUGUGAGGUAGUACUCCUACUUACUAGUUCAAGAUUGUGUAUAAUAUGAGUAUAUCUGAAUGCAAGAAGCCAUCUUAUAUA